AUGAGUGUUUAUUUUCCUCUUUCAGUUUUUCUGGGUUUUCCCAAGUGUUUCCUCAAAGAAGAGGAUCAAAAGAUACAACUUUGUAAGAGGUCAGUGCAGACCAUCUCCCGUCCAUCCGGGCCAGGUCGAGGGGAUGGCGGACUCUCCAUCAGUUCUGCGAUUCUGGUCUUUCUCACCCCUCCCUCUUUUCUGGGCCUCUUCUGUCUCGUCUCAAAGCCGGAGGAACAGAAAUCCAACCAGCCAGGGCGAAGCCGGGACCCGGUGAGCCGCGGCGCAGCAGACCCGGCGGCCGCUGGGGCCUCUCCGGGGAGCCGCGCCGUGCGUCACGGGGGGCCCGCCCUCGGCGCGGCCCGGGCUCCGGGCGGGCGGCCUCCUUGGCCGUCGCCGUGGUAG